AUGUUCGGCGUGUCGCUCCAGGACCGCCUCAAGGCUGCAGUCAAUACCCUCGAGGCCACAGGCUCCUCCCUCCACGCCCGCUCCCUCGCGAACCAGCAACUCCUGGACGCCGAGAACAACCGCCCAGGUACCCCGAGCAUCAAGUCGCCGCCAUCAGCCACAUCCCCACAGGUCGGGCAGCUCCCAGAGACACCACAGAAGGGUAAUGAGGAGAAACACGCGAUUGCCGAAGCUGGCAUCCAUCCCUCAGUCUCCACCAGCCAACUCGCCGAGAACGCGCUGUCCGGUCUGCGGCGCUCUUUUCAUUUCGGUGGAAAAAGCCAGACUGAUCUAGCUGGGAUAGUGGAUGGGUCAAGCUCGGCUCCUGUUUCGCCCGGGGCGCAAGGGCUCAAAGCUAUCGUGUCUCCUGGCCCAGCUUCGGCCGGGGCGACAUCGUCAGAUUCUACAUCCCUUAAAGCUCCCACUACGAUAUUCAACGUGGGAUCGGGCGACGCGUCAGAAGCUAUUACGCCGAUACCAAAAUCGCCACUGGCAGGUACGCCCACCCCGACACGGUCUGCCAAGAGAAUAUUAGACACGCGAGAGCCUGCCGAUAUCCCUUUACCACCCUCUCCUGACCUGUCAGCUGUGCCCUCUGCGAGCGUAGUGGACCCUCUAGGCGCAUUGUCUCUGGAUGGCAGCGGCGAUGUUGCUGGACUGGGGAUUGCUCUAGCCGGGGGCGCUGGGUCCGAUGCAGAUGCCAAGGCAAAUGGCGACGAGACACUCGUAGACUCUGAAGGGACUGCCAGCAAGCUCGCAGCUGCGGAGAGGAGAUAUGAGGAUCUCUCCCAAAGAUUCACUACCCUUCUCACCCAAUCCCACAAAGCCAAUCAGAUUCUGAAAGACUUGACGCCGCUCGAAGGGGGUCUAGGAGACCCAGAGGCCCUGGAGGGAUGGGUGAGGAUGAUGAAUGGCAAAGUCGGGAUGAUGGGCGAGGAAAUGUCGCGUUUGGCAAGCAAGAUGGAAUUACAAGAAUCCAGAAUAGAGGAGCUGCGUGAUACUCACCGCCUUGAACAAUCUUCCCAAUCUGAAGUCAUUGCCAAACUCCGUUCCGACCUCGCCGAUGCCCAAUCUAAAAUCACAUCUUCCACCACCUCCUCUGAAACACUCACCCAGCUCCGCGCAGACCUCUCUAAAGCUCAGACGCAAGCCAAAGAAGAAGAAGAGAAGCGCACGAAAGCAAUAUCGCUUCUCAAGACUGUCAGGCUGAAGCUGGUCAAGACGGAAAAGGACAAGGAAGAGUUGGAGAAAGAUAGGGCCAAUGAGAGGGCAGAGAGGAGCAGGGCAAUGGACGAGGUGGAGAAAGUCAAAGCAGAAAGGGAAAGAGAGGUCAACAACCUGAGGAAAGGGUUUGAGAGAGAGCUAGCCGGUGUCAAGGAGAAGGCGGAGAAAGAUUUGAAGGAUAGAAAAGCAGACUGGGAGUUGGAAAUGAUCACCACCAAGGCAACACAAGCCAAAGAGCUGUCCCAGAAAUCAACCAAGAUCGCUGGUCUCGAAUCCAUACUCAAGGAGCUCAACAUUGAAAAGCAACAAACCCACUCUGUCCUCCAAUCAAAACAAGCCGAAGCAGAAUCUGCCAAGGCAGAAAUGGAAAUUAUGCGAACCAAGACGAAAGAGUUUGAAUGGCAACUGCGCGAGGCAGAAGAGCGAUGCGCGCUCUUGGAGGCUGGGGAUCAGGGUCGGUCAAAUAGCGAGUUGGAUAUCCCUGGUGGGAGGAGCGAGUCGACUUCACCCGGUCCGGGCGCUUCACCUCAUGACGUUCAACGGCUUUUGGCGGAAUCUGAAUCUCGCGCCGAGUCCAAACUUUCAGACCUUCGUGCAAGAAUACGGGCCUUGGAAAAGGAAAGGAACGAGAUGGAGGAAGAGUGGGCUGGAAAGGUGCAAGAAAGGGUGCUGGAGUUGGAGAAGAUGAGGAGAGUCCUGCAGGAGAAGGAUCGGGAGUAUGCCGAGAGCUUGGAAGGGCUGAAAGAGAGGGAGCGAAAGAUCGAGGAAGGGGAAAGCAAAGUGAAGCAGCUCGAAGCAGAUAUCAUCCGACUGCGGACCAAGGUCGAGGAGGUCAAGAGCGAUAAGACGGUUGCUGUCGAAGCUGAGCGUAAAGCCCACGAAGAGCUGGCCGCCUUACAAAAUCAAAUCACAUCCCUUCAAUCUCAACUCGACGAAUCGAGAACUCAUGUCACCCAUCUCAAGUCUACAAAUAAGACACUCCGCGAUGAAAUGCGUAAAAUCCAGAGCUCAGUACAGCUUAUGGAAAGGCAGCGAAACCCUGGUGUAGGGUACUGGAGUGCGGGGGCUGGCGGUAGCACGGGCACAGCAGCAGGUUCCUCGGUCAGUGUAGCAGGAUCGGGAGUCCUUUCUCCGCCAUUACCGAGCGAAAGUCCUGCACCGGGGAGGAAGAGUCUGGAAAGCGUGAGAACGACGACAGCGACCGAUCUGGGAAGUGAGUCUGGGAGGAACCAGGAGGAAGAGGAGGUCAAUCUUGAGUAUCUACGAAACGUCAUCUUGCAGUUCUUGGAACACAAAGAGAUGCGACCAAAUCUGGUGCGGGUCAUGUCGGUCAUUUUGAGGUUUACGCCGCAGGAGUUGAGAAGGCUCAAUGCCAAGCUACUCACAUAG